AUGGACAACGACGACGACGAUGACCGCAGCACCACGACGGAGACGACCACACCCUCCUUCUCCUCCUUCUUCUCUUCCUUCUCCUCUCCCCUUCUCCUCUUCCUUCUCCUCCUUCUCCUCUCCCCUUCUCUUCUCCCCUCUUUCUUAUUCCUUGCUCCUCCCUUCUUCUUCCCUGCUGCCGGCGUAGGGGUAGUAGGGGCCGGGGCAGGAUGGGGUGCCCCGGCGGCUAGGGCUCGCCGGGGUAGGGGCUGGCAGCCGUGGCCGGGGCUCGCCGUGGCGGGGCGGCGGCGCGUGGCGGGCCGGGGCCGCUGUGGGGGCGAGGGGGCCGGUGGGGGCGGGCGCGGCGCUGGGGCGCGGCUGCGGCGGGGUGGGGUGGGGCGCGCGGCGGCGGGGCGCCGCGGCGGUGGGCUGGUGGGGGCAGCGCGGCGCGGCGGCGGGCGCGUGGGGGCGGGCCGGCGCGGCGUCGGGCGCGUGGGGGCGAGGUGA